CCUUUUACCUCCUCCUCCUCCUCCUCCAGCUCAGGUUGCUGCUUCUGGGGGAGCAGCUCACCUUUCCGGAGGUGGGGAAGCAGCCCCAAGCCGGGCGGGGACCCGGGCAGGGCGCAGGGCACGGCGCUCAGCCCGCGGCACCCUGGCCGUCGCGGGUGGGCGCUGUGCGCCGCAACCCCCUGGACACGCGCGGACCUGCCCUGGUGACCAUGAACAAGAUGAAGAACUUUAAGCGCCGCUUCUCCCUGUCCGUGCCACGCACCGAGACCAUCGAAGAGUCCUUGGCCGAGUUCACCGAGCAGUUCAAUCAACUCCACAACCGCCGGAAUGAGGGCCUGCAGCUCGGUCCUCUGGGCGGAGACCCCCAGCCAGAGCCCAGCACGUUCUCCCCCACGGACAGUGGGGAGGACCCGAGGCCACUGUCCCCUGGCACACAGUACCAGCGGCAGAACCAGCGCCGAUUCUCCAUGGAGGACAUCAGCAAGAGGCUCUCUCUGCCCACGGACAUCCGCCUGCCUCCGGAGUUCCUGCAGAAGCUUCAGCUGGAGAGUCCGGCCUUGCCCAAGCCGCUUAGCCGCAUGUCCCGCCGCGCUUCCCUGUCAGACAUCGGCUUCGGGAAACUGGAAACAUACGUGAAGCUGGACAAACUGGGGGAGGGCACCUAUGCCACAGUCUUCAAGGGGCGCAGCAAGCUGACGGAGAACCUGGUGGCUCUGAAGGAGAUCCGGCUGGAGCACGAGGAAGGGGCCCCCUGCACAGCCAUCCGAGAAGUGUCUCUGCUGAAGAACCUGAAGCAUGCCAACAUCGUGACCCUGCACGACCUCAUUCACACGGAGCGGUCCCUCACGCUGGUGUUCGAGUACCUGGACAGCGACUUGAAGCAAUACCUGGACCACUGUGGGAACCUGAUGAGCAUGCACAACGUCAAGAUCUUCAUGUUCCAGCUGCUCCGGGGGCUCGCCUACUGCCACCGUCGCAAGAUCCUGCACCGGGACCUGAAGCCGCAGAACCUGCUCAUCAAUGAGAGAGGGGAGCUGAAGCUGGCUGACUUUGGUCUGGCCCGGGCCAAGUCAGUGCCCACAAAGACCUACUCCAAUGAGGUGGUGACGCUGUGGUACCGGCCUCCUGAUGUGCUGCUGGGCUCCACGGAGUACUCCACCCCCAUCGAUAUGUGGGGCGUGGGCUGCAUCCACUACGAGAUGGCCACAGGGAGGCCCCUCUUCCCCGGCUCCACAGUGAAAGAGGAGCUGCAUCUCAUCUUCCGACUCCUGGGGACCCCUACAGAAGAAAUGUGGCCAGGUGUCACGGCCCUCACGGAGUUCCAAGCCUAUAACUUUCCCCGGUACCUGCCCCAGCCGCUCAUCAGCCACGCUCCCAGAUUGGACCCUGACGGCAUCAACCUCCUCUCCAGCCUCCUCCUGUACGAAUCCAAGAGCCGUGUGUCGGCAGAGGCGGCCCUCAGCCACCCCUACUUCCGGUCUCUGGGUGAGGACGUGCACGAGCUAGAAGACACUGCCUCUGUCUUCUCCCUGAAGGACAUUCAGCUCCAAAAGGAUCCAGGCUCCCGGAGCCUGGCCUUCCAUCAGCCAGGAAGAGGGAAGGGCCGGCGACAGAGCAUCUUCUGAUCCGAGCGCCCUGCUGCAGCUGAGCUGGGAGCGGUCACCCCUCGGGAGGACGGGGCCUGUGCUGUCUCAGACUGAGUCAGAAGGACUGCCCGGCGUGGCCACCCUGCUUCCCAUGCGCCUCCCUGUGGCCUCUGCCUGGCCAUCAACCCCUCUGUCACCACCCUUGGGUGGUGCCUGAGCUGCUUCCCUGGUGGGAAUGGAGGUGGCCUCAGACUGCUUCCUACCAGACAGAAAGCAGGUGCCAGGCUGAGCACCAUGCCCCACUAGGGGCACCCUCAUCCUCCAUCCUUUACCACCUUCCCCACUGAGAGCAGAAAGGGGUGUGGCAGCUCGGCUGGGGUCCCAGAACCCUGGGUGCCAAUGUGAAUGCUAAAUCCUCCCUUCCCCUGAGGGUCUGGCGCCCCCAGAGUCCCCUACCUCUUGUCACUGCCUGCACCACCUCUCUCUUCUGAGGUCCCACACCCCUCACGUUCCACCAGAGGCUGGUGGCACUGGGAUGGUGACAGGUGUUCCUGUGCCCACCCCAAACCCCUCCCCCUGCCUAGUCUGAGUAGAGUGGCCUUAAAUGGCAGGUGGUGGAGCCCCUGGAGCUCAGACCCCAGUGCCUACCUGUCCCCCCUCCCAAGAAUGACUCCUGCUUAUCACCCUGAGCCUGAUAAGCCAGCCCUCAGUCCAGGGCCUGGGGAAGGGCCCCAGAUAUGAAGGGUCACCCUGACCUUGGUGACAGGCCACCUUGGCUCCUUGGGACUGGCCCAGCCUUCCUGGUCCCUUCCAUCCCAGGCCCUGUGACUCUGUCCUUGAUAGGUCACACAGAGGAGAGCAGUCAUGGGCCAAGGUCGUGAGCCAAGGUCGGCACAAGAGGUAGGUGGGAACAGAUUGUCCUGAGAGCCCAGCCCCAGGCUGGAGGCCCCAAGGAAGGCCCCUGUCACCACCCCCGCCCAGCAAGCUUCUUCUACCCCAAGCUUCCUUAGCACAGGACUGAAUGUUGGCAGAGGCCAGCACCCUCCCCGCCUCGGCCUUUCUAAACAAGCCCCCUGCUGCAGCUCCCCUCAGCCUGAGGGGACUCCCCAAAGCCCCUCUUCCCCACCCCCAGGGAUGCCUCCCUCCGGCCCUUCCCCACUGUACUGUGAAUGUCCCGUGACUCAGCACAAAGACAGAUAAUAUAUUUAAUUCAUGUUGUACGGAA